AUGGAUUCGGAUGACUACGGUGAUGACAUCGCCGACGAGGACCUCUAUGAGGCCCUCAGCCAGACGCAGGCUGGUCCAUCGAGCUCGGUUGUCCCUCUGGCACCAUCUUACAAUCGGGUGAACACAGCACGUCAGUCGUUCGGAAGUAAUUCCAGGGCUGUUUCCAAAUCCACAGCUUCUGGCUUCUCCAGGGCAACAAACAACAAGUCCACUAGCGACGAUCUUGAUGAUUUGCCCUCAGAUGCAUUUUCUUCCUCGCCAGAGCCUGCUUUUGCAUCUAGGCCGGCAGCUCCAGCGCCAAGGACGGUGAACGGGCUCACUCGCACAAAUUCAGCAACUUACCGCCAGACAACUUUACUCGGUGGCCGAGUGGCAGAUGACUCUCCAAUUCAAGCAGCCCAACCUGGUUUUGGUAGGGUCUAUAGAGGAGACAAGCCGCAAGAACCACCUGCCCAUCAUGCCCUUGACCGCGAAGCCAUGAAAACUUGGCUCUAUCCCACCAACCUUGGAGCCACGAGAGAUUACCAGUUCAGCAUUGUCAAGAACGGAAUCUUCAACAAUACGCUUGUUGCCCUUCCCACUGGUCUCGGCAAGACGUUCAUCGCUGCAACCGUCAUGCUCAACUACUUUCGGUGGACUAAAGAUGCCAAAAUCGUCUUCGUGGCCCCUACGAAGCCUUUGGUGGCCCAGCAAGUCGAUGCGUGUUUCAACAUUGCUGGAAUUGCAAGAUCCGAGACGACGCUUCUGACGGGCGACACCGCACCGGCCCUCAGGGUUGAUGAGUGGCAAUCCAAGCGAGUGUUCUUCAUGACGCCCCAGACUCUGGCCAACGAUUUGUCCCAUGGUUAUGCAGAUCCCAAGUCGAUCGUCCUUCUGGUUAUCGACGAAGCGCAUCGUGCAACGGGCGAGUACGCGUACGCCAAAGUCGUCAAGCUCAUGCGUCGCUUCAAUCCUUACUUCCGUGUCUUGGCCUUGACAGCCACACCUGGCUCCAAAGUUGAGACCGUGCAAGAGAUUAUUGACAAUCUCGGCAUAUCUCACAUCGAGAUUCGGACGGAGGAGUCCAUCGAUAUUCGUCAAUACGUACACCAAAGGAAUGUCGAGCAGGUUUUGCUUGAUCCGUCUGACGAGAUGUGUGAGAUCAAGGACCUGUUUACCAAAGCCCUGAAGCCCCUCAUGGACAAACUCACGCAACAAAACAUUUACUACGGACGAGACCCAAUGUCUAUCACGGCAUAUGGCUUGAUGCAACAACAGAAGGAUUGGUUUGCAAAUGUCGGCCGACGUGCCAACCCGGGACUGCAAGGCAUGAUGCGGUCCAUCUUCUCCAUUCUUCAAAGCCUCGCUCACACGAUCAAACUACUGAACUUUCACGGAGUGAGGCCGUUCUACGAGAACCUCAAGGAGUUCAGAAGUGAGGUUGAGGAAAAGGGGGCGAAAGGAUCAAAAUAUAAGAAGCAAAUCCUGGAAAGUGAGCAUUUCCAAGAGAUGAUGUCGAACAUGGAGAAGUGGCUUCGGAUUGAUGGAUUUGCGAGCCAUCCCAAGCUGACCGAACUCCAAGACCGAAUUCUGAACCACUUCAUGGACAAUGGUGGGAAUUCAGCAACUCGCGUCAUCGUAUUCAGCGAGUACAGAGACAGCGCCGAGGAUAUUGUCCAGGUACUGAAUCGUCACAAGCCACUCAUCAAGGCCACAGUCUUUGUCGGCCAGGCAGAUUCCAAAAGGUCAGCAGGUAUGAAGCAAGCCGAACAGAUUGAGACGAUUGAGAAGUUCAAGCACGGCAAGUACAAUGUACUGGUGGCAACAUCCAUUGGUGAGGAAGGUCUAGACAUUGGUCAAGUCGACCUGAUUGUCUGCUACGAUGCAUCCUCCUCGCCUAUCCGCAUGCUGCAACGAAUGGGACGAACCGGACGAAAGCGAGCGGGAAACAUCAUCCUGCUCCUCAUGCGGGGGAAAGAGGAAGAGGCGUUUGCCAGAUCCAAGGACAACUAUGCAGAGAUGCAAAAGAUUAUCAGCGAUGGAAGCAAGUUCAACUUCAGGCAUGAUCUAUCAGCCCGGAUCAUUCCUCGAGACAUUCGUCCAGAAGUUGUCAUGCAGCACAUUGAGAUCCCCAUCGAGAACACUCAGAACCCGGCGCUGCCUGAGCCGAAGAAGCGAAGGCACCCAGCCAAGAAGAAGCCACCCAAGAAAUUCCAUCUUCCGGACGGUGUCGAGCUUGGGUUCACAAAGGCAUCAGAUUUUGGCAAGCCAACCGCAGGGGCUAAGAGGGGUCGUCCGCCGAAGCAGCCGGAGCCAACGGAGGCAGACUUUAUUGAGGAUGUGCCAUCUUUGAACUCUGUCGUGUUGACCGAUACCCAACUAGCUGAGCUGGAUAGGAUUUACCGUUCUGUGCCAGCAAGCACUACGAAGAUCGAAGAGACUGAGAUGCCGAACUUGACGUCGUACCCGCUACUUCAGCGACGACUUCGACCAGUCGAGAAGGUUCAACAUGGCGCAAGGACCAAGAAGUUUGUCAAGCUUUGCAAGAAGCUUUCUCAGCAGCAGGAUACUGCGAGCCGGUACACGAAACCUUAUGGGGAGAAGGAUACCAGCCGAUACAAAAACAUCCAGGUGCCGCAUUUUGCAAGUGAUACGGAGGAUGAGGGACCCCCAGCCACCAAAUCCGUGACAGAAUUCUCCGACGACGACGAUGUAGUCGAGCAGUCCCGUCCCAAGAAACGCGUAUCUACAGGUGCAGUGAAACCUAGGUCAUUCAUGGCCGCCUCUGCCCUCAUAGACGAUGGCCUCAACGACAUGGAGGAGGAAGAAUCCCCUCCGCGACGCCGCCCAAAGCCAGCAGCCAAGAAGCGCGGCAAGAAAGCCACCAAGAAAGCCCGAGGUGGCAUCAACAGCGAUGAACUCGGCGAUGACUGCUUGCGGGACAGCGACGCGAUGGAUACUGACGGUUCGGACGACGGAGCUGACUUGGUUGAUUUCGUUGUCUCGGACGACCAUCCUAUGUCCAGUAUGCGACCGACAUCAUCCAAUCCACCGUCGAGCCAAACUGCAACCCCCGAUUCUCCAACGCGGACAGAGACAUCAAAGCCGUUCUACGUGCCGACUCAAUUUCCGCCCACGCAGGAGUCGGUGGACUCGCUGCUGGAUGAUGACGACGAUCUGCUUAGCAGCACGAAGCGGCCGUCGACAAGCAGGGCUCAGCUCGAGUCCGAGCCAGAUGAUACGCCGCAGAGACAGGUGGGAGGCCGGCAGCAGAGAAGGCGCCCGGUAUUUGACAGUGAUAGUGACGAAUAA